UUUAUUUUCAAAAAAUCACCCACUCACAAAAGGAGGAUCACUUUGCAGCAUUUUCAAUACAUUUUUAAGCAUAUUUGAUAAAAAUCGUUAUUUUCUCAUAUAUAUAUAUUUUUUUUAUCUACAAUUUAGGAAUCUAACCUAACCUCUAAAAAUGCACCUCGUGGACCUCGCAUUUUCGGCAUUGUAAUAUAAAGAGCGUGUUAAGGUUUUCCUUUAUUUCGUAUAUUUUUAAGUGACAGGUGUCGUUUCGUUAUACAAUUUUGUUGAAUUAAGUGCAAGUGAAAAUGGCAGAUUCAAGUAAUGUGGCUGCUGAAGAGGCGGGUCCUCCGAAAACUGCUAAACAAUUACAAAAGGAGAAAGAAAAACUGGCCAAGCUUGAAAAAUUCAAGCAAAAACAGGAAAAGAAAUUAUCCUCGAAUGCAAAAGAGGUGAAAGAGAAGACCGAGAAACCCGAUAAGAAAAAGAAAGAGUCUAAAGAAAGUGCUAAAUACACCAUAGAUACUCCUAACGGCACGAAAAAAGAUGUCAAGUGUCCAAUGCCAGAUGCUUACAGUCCACAAUUCGUCGAAGCUGCUUGGUAUUCCUGGUGGGAGAAAGAAGGCUUUUUUAAACCAGAAUAUGGAAGGAAGAAUCUACAGGAAGAAAAUCCAAAUGGAAAAUUCGUGAUGAUGAUUCCACCUCCAAAUGUGACUGGGGUUUUGCAUUUAGGACAUGCUUUGACUAAUGCAGUUGAAGAUGCUAUCACAAGAUGGAAUCGCAUGAAGGGACGUACGACUCUUUGGAAUCCAGGUUGCGAUCAUGCAGGUAUUGCGACUCAAGUUGUCGUGGAAAAGAAACUCUGGAAGGAAGAGAAGAAGACAAGACAUGACCUGGGUCGUGAUAAAUUUAUCGAAAAAGUCUGGGAAUGGAAAAACGAAAAAGGAGACAGAAUUUAUACUCAGUUACGAAAAUUGGGCAGUUCUUUUGAUUGGGAUCGCGCCUGUUUUACGAUGGAUCCAAAACUUUGUCGGGCAGUCACGGAAGCUUUUGUACAAUUGCAUGACGACGGGGUCAUCUACAGGAGCACUCGUCUCGUUAACUGGUCUUGCACACUGAAAAGUGCGAUUUCUGAUAUCGAGGUGGACAAAGUAGAACUAGCAGGGAGGACUUUACUCUCGAUUCCAGGUUACAAUGAGAAAGUAGAAUUCGGAGUCUUGGUUCUAUUUUCCUACGAUGUGGAAGAUUCGGAUGAAAAAAUUACUGUGGCAACGACUCGAAUUGAAACAAUGUUGGGAGAUACGGCAAUCGCAGUAAAUCCAAAAGAUGAACGUUAUGUUCAUCUGAUUGGUAAACAGGCGAAGCAUCCAUUCUGUGAUAGACGAUUGCCGAUUAUUCCUGACGAAUAUGUCGAAAUCGAGUUUGGAACAGGGGCUGUGAAAAUUACUCCAGCGCAUGAUCCGAACGACUACGAAAUAGGAAAAAGACACAACCUGCCUUUCAUCACAAUCUUUGACGAUGAUGGAAACAUUGUUGGAGAUUAUGGAGUCUUUACGGGAAUGAAGAGAUUCCAUGCGAGAAAAGCGAUCAUCAAAGAACUAACAGAGAGAAAACUCUUCGUCGAGAUAAAGGAUAAUCCGAUGGUCGUGCCAAUUUGCAGUAGAUCAAAAGACGUUGUGGAACCGCUCAUAAAGCCUCAAUGGUACAUAAAGUGUGACGAUAUGGCAAAAAAUGCGCUGGAGGUCGUAGAAAAGGGCGAAUUAAAAAUUAUUCCAGAUCAAUUUAAAAAAACCUGGGACCAUUGGAUGGUGGGUAUUAGGGAUUGGUGCAUUUCUCGUCAACUGUGGUGGGGACAUCGUAUUCCUGCUUACUUUAUAACUGUCGAUGAUCCGUCCAUUCCAACCGGCUCGGUGACUGAUAGUAAAUACUGGGUGAGUGGCCGGUCCGCAAGUGAGGCUCAAGAAAAAGCCGCGAAAAGAUUUAGUGUAAGUGUGGAUAAAAUAUCGUUGAAACAAGACCCUGAUGUUUUGGACACUUGGUUUUCAUCCGGACUCUUCCCAUUUUCUGUCUUUGGCUGGCCUGACAAAACAGCGGAACUAGAAGCCUUUUACCCUGGAACUUUGUUGGAAACUGGACACGAUAUUUUGUUCUUCUGGGUGGCAAGAAUGGUUUUCUUAGGUCAAAAACUAUUGGGAAAGCUUCCCUUCAAAGAAGUUUACUUACAUGCAAUGGUGAGAGAUGCUCAUGGAAGAAAGAUGAGCAAAUCAUUAGGAAAUGUUAUCGAUCCCAUGGAUGUAAUUAACGGGAUUUCUUUAGAGGAUCUUCAUAAACAAUUACAGGAUUCUAAUCUUGAUCCUAAAGAAUUAAAACAAGCAAUUGAUGGCCAAAAACGUGACUACCCUCAAGGAAUUCCUGAGUGUGGAACUGAUGCUUUGAGAUUUGCUUUGUGCGCCUAUACUUCCCAAGGUCGGGAUAUAAAUCUCGAUAUCCUGCGUGUUCAGGGUUACCGAUUUUUCUGUAACAAACUGUGGAACGCAAGCAAAUUCGCUCUGACUUAUCUCGAAGAUGGAUUUAAUUUCGAAGACGAUAACAAAACGAAUUGCACGAAUGGGAAAAAUGCAGAGGUGGUGGGAGAUAGCGAGUGGUUCCUUUCGACGCUGAACGAAAGAUGUAUUCGAGAUGCUUUAGAUGAAUAUUUAGCGGAAUAUUCCUACGUGGAUGGAUACACUCCGUCUCAAGCGGACGUUAAAGUUCACAAAGCCUUGAGCAAUGUCAAAAGCGAGUUUAGGCGUCAACCACAUCUGAGAAGAUGGUUCUGUCAUUUAAAGACGUUCAGUGAUCGGGAAAGAUCAGAAUUUAGAGUGGAUAAUGCACAGAUUUUGCCUCAGUUUGUGUGUGUUGCGAAUAAAAAAGACGGUGGUGGAUUUCAGCUGACCGGUUACGAGUCAAAUGUUGACUUAUGGAUGCUUUCGAGAGUGAGCAACGCUGUGAAAAUCUGUGAUGAAGGAAUAGCUCAGUACGAUUUCAAUGCAGCAACUACUGCUUGCUAUAAUCUUUGGCUCUACGAUCUAUGUGACGUAUAUUUAGAAUGUAUCAAACCGGUUUUUCAAAAUGGUACCAAGGAGCAAAAAUUGGCAGCGCAACGAGUUUUAUUCAAGUCUUUGGAUGUGGGUCUUCGACUUUUAAGUCCUUUUAUGCCCUUUAUUACCGAAGAACUAUAUCAGCGCUUGCCUCGUCAAAAGCUUGUGUUUCCCAGUAUUUGUGUUAGUCCGUACCCAACCGUUUCCGAGUGUCCAUGGAGAAACGAAGAAAUCGAAAAAGAUGUCGACUUCGCCCAAAAAGUAGCUAAAACUAUUAGGUCCACACGUGCGACUUACCUUUUACCAAAUAAAACAAAAACAGAAGCCUUCAUCGUUUGUAAUGAUGAGACUUUGAAUACUAAAGUAGUCCAAUACUCAACUAUGAUUGGAACUUUGGCGUUCUCCAAUAUGCAAAUAGGAGAAAUUCCUCCAGGUUGUGCAAUCUUAACUGUCUCCGACAAACUUCAGGUCCAUCUUCUUCUGAAGGGCUUGAUUGAUCCUCAAAAAGAACUCGAAAGACUCAAAAAGAAGGAGGAGCAAUUGGCUGAAGUUGUACAGAAAUUAAAACAAAGCAUGUCAGCAGCUGAUUAUAACACGAAAGUUCCAGAAGAAGUACAAAAAACGAAUCAAGAUAAGCUCCUGAACAACGAAGGUGAAUUAGAACAACUAACGGAAGCUAUGGAAACGCUUCUAAAAAUGUGAGAUUUAUAGAUUAAUUUAUAGUUCUCAGAAUUGUGGUCCGUUUGGUAAUAUUUAUUAAUAAAACAGAUUCUCAAAAUUA